AAGUAAAUAUAACGUUUAAAAACGUUGCGGUUAAUGGGUGGACCACUCACAGUUGAGUGCGCGCACCGAGUAUCAGCACCGAGUGGCUAUUGAGCAAUGAGCUUCUUCUGUGAAGCACUUGAUUAGUAGAAAAUAAAAGGGAACAGGCUCGCGCGCUGCGUCCAAACACGAGAUAGAAGCGCGAAGCACAGUGAGAACCUCAAGUGAGAAUCGAGAUCAAUCGCCGAAUUGCUCAUUGCAUAUUUCCAUAGCCGACACGUUGAUACGCUACUCAGCUGCGUAGCUGAUGCGGAAAGUAUGGGCAUCUCAAAAGUCAGACUCUUUAACGAAGAGCCUAAAAAGAGCUAAUAACAAACUUUUCCCAGAACACCUGUCCUACGCGCAAGAAAAUUGACUCGACUUGCUCGAAGAAUUGAGACGCAAAGCGGAAUAUGCGAUUUCGAGCAAGGAUCGACGAAGAGCAAACCGAUUUGAAUGAAACGUUUAGGAAUGGAGGGAGAAGCGGAGACGAUCCAAUAACAUAAUUUCAAGUUAAUAUCUAAUCUCUUCGACUGGACAGAACUGGAUAGUCGCAGCCUCUCCGGGAUAUGAACUUCCAUCUAUCCUUUCGCUUGUCCUCGUGAUUUUCGCACAACGAUCGCGAAGCGACCCUUUGCUGCCGCUGCCGACGACUUUCGAUCUAGCGCCGGCCCUGAUCCGUACGACGCGAUGAUCGCCGAGCGACGUAGCUCGCGCUCGCGCACGGAUCCGCGACGAGCGGUGAUAAGAAUCGGCCGGAAUGAUAAGUGAUGCGAUAACGGGACCGAGAAUGCCGCUCUUCAAGCCGCGGGCCACGCCGAGAUCGCCGAUAACGGAGAAAGCUGCGAACGGCGUGCAGCAGCAGCAGCAGCAGCAACAGCAACAGCAACAGCAGCAGCAGCAGCAGCAGCAGCAGCAGCAGCAACAUCGGAACCAUCAUCUUCAUCAUCAGACCGGUGACAAUAAUCAUGACGGUGCGAGCAGUAACGGUAACUGGCCGAGCAAUAGCGCGGCACGAUCGGCUUUUACGCCGAGUGCUCCACCCGACUACGAGCAGGCGACGAGAGGAUCCCGGGCCCCGAAACCGUCGCUGGUCUUCCACUGCCAGCUGGCCCACGGCAGCCCCAUGGGCCUGAUCUCGGACUUUAGCAACGUCCGCGAGCUGUACCAGAAGAUCGCCGAGUGCUACGACUUGCCCGCGGAAGAGAUUCUCUUCUGCACGUUAAAUACGCACAAAGUGGAAAUGACCGAGUUGCUCGGUGGACAGAUCGGCGUGGGUGAUUUCAUAUUCGCGCACAAAAAAGGUCGGCCGAAGGAGAUCGAGCUGGUGAAGACGGACGACGCACUAGGUCUGACGAUCACCGACAACGGCGCCGGAUACGCUUUUAUAAAGCGCAUAAAGGAGGGCUCCGUGAUAGACAGGAUAAAAGUGAUCGAAGUGGGCGACCACAUCGAGAGGAUCAACUCGACCAGUCUGGUCGGCAGACGACACUUCGAGGUGGCGAAGAUGCUAAAGGAGAUACCGAAGGGCUCGACGUUUACGUUGAGACUGGUGGAGCCGCAGAAGAAUGGCUUCGGCAGCAUCGGGCCACGUAGUGACCUCAGGAAAGGGAAGAAAUCCGGCUACGGGUCUGGCAAGGAGACCCUGAGAUUCAAGGCUGACGGCAGCGCGCAAAUCAUAGAAAAGGUGGACGAUGCCGCCGUGAUAGGCGUCGAGAAGAUCAACGCUAUCUUGGAGAGCUUUAUGGGUAUCUACGACACGGAAUUAGCCACUCAAAUCUGGGAACUCGCCGAAGGCAAGUGCAACAGUAUAGACUUCGCCGAGGCGAUCGACAAUUCUGAUUUGGAGGCUUUCGGCUUCACCGAUGACUUCGUCAUCGAGCUGUGGGGUGCUGUGACGGACGCACGGGCUGGUAGACAUCGAUGACGCGAUGGAGAUCAACACUCCGAUGAACAUGUCGAACGGGAAAGGGAGAAAGAGAUAGGAAGGGCAGCCUCGGCGAAGAAAAGAAACUUGAAAGUUUCGCAAGACAUUUUAAACUCCGCGGAAAUGUCGAUAACGUUCUCUGAUGGAACGAACGAGUGUUCUUUCAAGUGAGAGAUGAUACGUUGAUGAUGUAUCACUCGCUCACUCGUAUGUUACCAUGAUUUUAAACGUCUACUCUCGGUCUUUCUGCCUUGCACUUUGAGGAUAUCUACACGCAGAAUCACGUGAAGAUCGAGAGUUUUUUCAGCAUUGAACGCGCGACGGAAAUGUAAGCUGAAAUCUGCAAUACUGCGACUACGUCGCCUUCAAACUAUCGUAUAGUGCAUUGUGUCAUAUGGCAAGCGCAAAAUCGAGUUGCCAAGAAGAAGAAGAAGAAGAAGAAGAAGAAGAAGAAGUAACAAAGAACUUUCUGAGGGGUUGUGCGUCGGAAAAAGAAAUUUUCAGCGUCUUCUCUAUAUUUCCUAUUAGAGCGCGAUGUAGCUUCGGUAAAAAUAUGUUUUGUAUUUUAUCAUUCCGUUACUGAAAUUGAUCAAUAUAUCAUUAAAGUUGACUAGAUAAAGUAUUAUUAACACUGACUAGUAAAGUAUGAAUAAAUUUUAUUGAGUUGCUCUGUCA